GACGUCAGAGAGAACGUAAACAAAAAUACGGAAGUAAAACGGAAACGCGAGAUCCAAUCAAGUCACGUUAAAAACAACAAAAUUCAGAUGUUUUUGGUGAUAAAAAUCUAAAUAAUCGCAUGCAAAACUCCUUAAUCUUUGAGAUUUAAAAGGAAUCGGUGUGGGAUGGAGGGCUCAAAGUCUUCGAGCACGACAAUGCAGGUUAGCUUCGUUUGUCAGCGCUGCUGCCAGCCACUGAAACUGGACACGUCCUUCAAUGUCUUGGAUCGGGUCACUAUUCAAGAAUUAAUUGCUCCUUUAGUUACUGUGACCCCGAGCAAACAGCAAGAGAGCAGUGAAGGGGAGACAGCACCAGAGGAGACCUUUGUAGAGAACAAACAAGAUGGUGUCUCUAGAAAAUACAUCCCCCCUGCACGCAUGAUGUCCACAGAGAGUGCCAACAGCUUCACUCUGAUUGGAGACGCUUCUGAUGGGGGAACCAUGGAAAAUCUAAGUCGCCGACUUAAAGUGACGGGUGAUUUGUUUGACAUCAUGUCUGGUCAGACAGACGUAGACCAUCCAUUGUGUGAAGAAUGUACAGACACCUUAUUGGACCACCUUGACACGCAGCUUAAUAUCACAGAGAAUGAAUGCCAAAAUUAUAAGCAGUGUCUGGAGCUGCUGUCACAGCUGGAGGUAGAACAGGAGGAAACACUGUUGGCAGAGUUACAGCAACUGAAGGAGGAAGAGGAUUCUCUGAUACAGGAGCUAGAGGCAGUAGAGGAGCAAAGAGCCGCAGUGGCACAAGAUUUGGCUCAGAGCAGGAUCCAGUCUCAGCAGCUGGACACAGAGGAGCUGCAGUACCAAAAAGAGUACAGCGAGUUUAAGAGACAACAACUGGAGCUUGACGAUGAAUUAAAAAGUGUUGACAAUCAGAUGCGAUAUUGCCAAAUACAACUAGAUCGUCUGAAAAAGACCAACGUCUUCAAUGCUACCUUUCACAUAUGGCACAGUGGUCAGUUUGGUACAAUCAAUAAUUUUCGCCUGGGUAGACUUCCCAGUGUCCCUGUGGAGUGGAAUGAGAUCAACGCAGCCUGGGGGCAGACAGUGUUGCUGCUGCACGCUUUGGCAAACAAAAUGGGGUUACGCUUUCAGAGAUAUCGUCUUGUGCCCUAUGGAAACCAUUCAUACCUAGAGUCCCUAACGGAUAAGUCAAAGGAACUUCCAUUGUACUGUUCGGGUGGCCUAAGGUUUUUCUGGGACAACAAGUUUGACCAUGCAAUGGUGGCCUUUUUGGAUUGUGUGCAGCAAUUUAAAGAGGAGGUUGAGAAAGGAGACACUGGUUUCUGCCUCCCAUACAGAAUGGAUGUGGACAAAGGAAAGAUUGAAGACACAGGAGGCAGUGGAGGCUCUUACUCGAUCAAGACUCAGUUUAACUCAGAGGAACAGUGGACGAAGGCACUCAAGUUUAUGCUCACGAAUCUAAAGUGGGGCCUGGCUUGGGUCACCUCACAGUUUUACAAUCGAUAAAGACAUUAAUUUUCA